AUGACCUGGUCCCAAAAUCAAACAACAUGGCGUCUUUGUUGUGAAAUUUUUGCUUGCCGAUGAAAAAACACACUAUCACAAAUUUCUCUGGUUUAUCAAUGUCCACGCGUCAUCGUAGAAGAGAAUAGUAGAUCAACUGUGACGAGGAGCAGUUUUAUUUAACUUACAGGGAACAGGAGAGCGAUAAAAGUGAUGUUAUUUUCAUCAUCGCUACAUCGGAACACAGACUCUUUUCCUGUUCGAACGUGUCACCCGCGGAUUCCAGAAAAAUGCAACAUCUACAGAUCUGCAAGCUGGUCCAUAGAUUCCUAACGUUUACGUUCAGCCAUCCACCCAGAUCGUACAGCAUGGCCUCAGCACGAGGUGCCCUGAUAGUGCUGGAGGGAGUGGACCACAGCGGGAAGACUACACAGUGCAUGAAGCUAGUGGAGGCGCUGAAGAAACACGGACAGAAAGCAGAGCUCAUCAGAUUCCCAGACCGUACCACAGCUAUAGGAAGUGUUAUCAACGACUACCUGGGGAAUAAAUGUGAGCUACACGACUUCGCCAUCCAUCUGCUGUUCUCUGCAAACAGAUGGGAAGCUGUGCCUAGAAUGGAGAAGCUUCUAUCCGAGGGCACCUCUCUCAUUGUUGACAGAUAUGCAUACUCAGGAGUUGCCUUCACUGCAGCCAAGGGGUUAGACAUGCGGCGGUUACAGCACUCUGACAUCGGUCUCCCCCGGCCAGACCUGGUCAUGUAUCUGACCCUUCCCCCAGAGGAGGCAGCGAAGCGGUCGGAGUACGGCGGGGAGAGGUACGAACAGACGGACUUCCAGAAAAAAGUGGCCGAAAAUUUCAAAGUCUUACAGGAGGAUGACUGGAAGAUUUUGAAUGCAAACCAGACAAUAGAGGAACUUCAUACACACAUCCUUCAACUAGCAAAGGAGGCUAUAACCAAGUCAAGCUGUCAACCUAUCUUACCUUUAUGGAAGUCAUUGGAAAACGGCCAUGCUUAGCAGUUAACCAAUAGUACCAUGUUUGAAUGCUAUAGUUCCAUUUCUUUAACUUUAUUCAGUACCUCAAAGGUUCUUUAUAAAGUCAAGGGCUAAGGCUUAGAAAGGUAGGACAUAAACCUUAUUGUUUAUGUUUGAAUAUGCCUCAUUCACAUGUGGAUAUAUGCAAACAGAUAGACAUUCAUAGAUGAACAUGCACACGUACUCGUGUGCACAUACAUAGCUGCUCUGCAUAUUCACACACAGACACAAACAUACAUACACACACACACACACACACAGACAUAAACAUACACACACAUGCAUAUGCACACACAUAGAGAAAUGUUUCAUGAUGUCAUACAAAAUGUAUCAUAUUUGAACAAUACUCUCCUUCCUAUGUUGUACACAGAUAUGAUUACACAAAAGACAGAUUCUUCUUCUGCAUGUACUAUUUAAUGACCCAGAAACAACUGUCCAUGAGCUGUCCUUGAAAUUAUGCCAAUUUCUAGAAUAACAAUAAUCAUGUCUUCCUCUUUGUGGCAUCUGAAAAUCAUCCAUGAUGAUGGUAUAUGUUAUGUAUCAUUAAGAUGAAUAGAUAAGCACAUUCCAUUGAUUCCAGAUAUUAAAAAUCUGAAGGCAACUUCUUGUGUACAUCUUUUGUAUAUCCUGAUAUGCUAUGAAUAGUGGUGUACAUUUAUUCUUCAUGGGUUAUUCUUUGUUGAUCUAAUUCAGUUAUUUUAAGUAUGACAACUCUUGAUAU